AAUUCUGAAUGUCAGCUGAAUGAAGAAAUUAUGGAGCACUCUAGGAGAGUGUUUCCCUCUGUGAUAAAAUACAUUGUAGAUAUGCUUAUAUGGGAAGAAGAGAAGGAGCUGCCUCCGGAGCUCACAAUUAGUAGAGAGAAGGUGGACAGCUACUACUGUGUCCUGUUCAAUGAUGAACAUCAUUCGUACGAUCACGUCAUCUAUAGCCUGCAAAGGGCACUUGGCUGUGAACUUGGAGAAGCCCAGUUGCAUACUACUGCCAUAGAUAAAGAGGGUCGUAGAGCUGUUAAGGCAGGACAUUAUGCCUCUUGCCAGGAAGCAAAAGAAGAAAUCAAGAGGCAUUCUGAAAAUGUUUCUCAACGACCGCUUCAUGUGGAGGUUCUGCAUGCUGAUGUUAUGGCUCACCAGAAGUUUGCCUUGCGCCUUGGUUCUUGGCUGAACAAACUCAUGAGCUAUUCAAGUGACUUUCGCCAGAUCUUUUGUCAAAUAUGUCUCAGAGAAGAAGCUGGAUCUGAAAAGCCGUGCUUCAUAAGCAAGUUGAUGCUAUGGGAUGCAAAACUUCAUAAAGGGGCAAGGAAGGUUCUUCAUGAACUUAUCUUCAGUAGUUUCUUCAUGGAAAUGGAAUACAAAAAACUUUUUGCCGUGGAAUUUGUGAAAUAUUACAAGGCGUUGCAAAAAGAAUACAUCAGUGAUGAUCAUGACAGAGUUCUCUCUGUGACGGCACUCUCAGUUCAGAUGUUCACCGUACCUACUCUGGCUCGACAUCUCAUUGAAGAGCAAAAUGUAAUCACCACCAUUACAGAGACACUCUUGGAAGUGCUUCCAGAGUACCUAGACAAAAACGACAAGUUCAACUUCCAGGGUUACAGUCAGGACAAACUGAACCGGGUAUAUGCAGUAAUAUAUGACCUCAGGUAUAUCUUAGUCAGCAAGCCUACGUUAUGGACAGACCGUCUGAGGGAGCGGUUUCUAGAGGGAUUUGUUUCUUUCCUAAGGAUUCUAACUUGCAUGCAGGGAAUGGAGGAGAUAAAAAGACAGAUUGGUCAGCACAUUGAGGUGGACCCUGACUGGGAAGCAGCUAUUACUAUACAGAUGCAGCUCAAGAACAUUCUUUUGAUGUUCCAGGAGUGGUGUGCCUGUGAUGAAGAGCUGUUGCUCAGGGCCUACAGAGAAUGUCAUAAAGCUGUGAUGAGGUGCAGCACAAAUGGCCGCUCACGGGAAAAGACAGUGUUUCACUUGUGUGGCCAUACCCUGGAGAGCAGACCUUACAGAGUGUCUGCAGAUCCUGUCAGCAUACAUUUGCCGCUGUCUAGGACUCUUGCAGGUCUUCAUGUACGAUUAAGCAAGACUGGAACCAUCUCAAGAUUGCACGAGUUUAUUUCUCCUGAAGAAUUUCAAGUGGAGCUGCUAGUGGAAUAUCCUUUGCGAUGUCUUGUCUUGGUUGCUCAGGUUGCUGCAGAGAUGUGGAGAAGGAAUGGGCUCUCCCUGAUAAGCCAGGUAUUUUAUUAUCAAGAUGUUAAAUGCAGAGAAGAGAUGUAUGAUAAAGAUAUCAUCAUGCUCCAGAUAGGUGCAUCUCUUAUGGAUCCAAACCAAUUCCUCCUGCUGAUUCUGCAGAGAUACGAGCUUGCUGAUGCUUUCAAAAAGCUCAAACCCACCAAAGACCAGGAUUUGAUCAAACAAUGUAAUGUGUUAAUAGAAGAGAUGCUACAGAUUCUCAUCUAUGUUGUGGGGGAAAGAUAUGUGCCUGGAGUGAGUAAUGUGAAAAAAGAAGAUGUUAUCAUGAGAGAAAUCAUCCAUCUGUUAUGUAUUGAACCAAUGGCUCACAGUGCAAUUACCAAGUCGUUGCCUGAAAAUGAGAACAAUGAAACUGGCUUGGAGAAUGUAAUUGAUAAAGUGGCUACGUUUAAGAAACCAGGUGUGUCUGGCCAUGGAGUUUAUGAACUGAAAGAUGAGUGCUUGAAGGAGUUCAAUAUGUUCUUUUAUCACUAUACUAAGACCCAGCACAGCAAGGCUGAACAUACUCAAAAGAAAAGAAGGAAACAAGAAAACAGAGAUGAAGCAUUGCCACCACCACCUCCUCCAGACUUCAGUCCUGCAUUCAGCAACGUGGUGAGGAUUCUGAACUGCGACGUUAUGAUGCACGUACUGCGGACCAUUCUUCAGAGAGCAGUAGAACUGGAAACCCACCUGUGGACUGAAGCCAUGAUCCAAAUGGUGCUUCAUCUCCUUUCUUUAGGGUUACUAGAAGAGAAGCAGCAGUUGCAGAAGUCUCCAGAAGAAGAAGUAACCUUUGAUUUUUAUCACAAAGCGACACGAAUGGGAAGCUCGGCCUUAAAUGCUGUGAGCGUAUUAAUGCUUCUGGAGAAACUGAAGAGAGUUCCUCAGUUAGAGGCACAGAAGGACACAGUCAACUGGAUACUGCAGAUGUUUGACACGGUGAAAAGACUGAGAGAAAAAUGUAGUUUGGCAACAGUAGCAGCUACAUCAGGCUCAGAAGCUACAAAAGGUGAUGAGACCCAGAGCAGUCAGGAUAAAGAGAAGGCUGAGCGGAAAAGAAAGGCAGAAGCUGCUAGGUUGCACCGUCAGAAGAUAAUGGCUCAGAUGUCUGCACUGCAGAGGAAUUUCAUCGAAACCCAUAAGCUCCUCUAUGAAAACACACUGGAGGCACAGGGGAAAGAAGAUGCUAUUAUGGAGGAAGAAAGCAUGUCUUCGACAGUUGAUUACUCCAAAAUUGCUUUGGGUCCCAAACGAGGUCCAUCUGUGGCUGAGAAAGAAGUUCUGACGUGUAUUCUGUGUCAGGAGGAGCAGGAAGUAAAGCUGGAAAGUGCUGCCAUGGUAUUAUCUGCCUGUGUCCAGAAAUCAACUGCCUUAACUCAGAAUAGGAGCAGAAUUCUUGAACUCUCAGGGGAGACACAAGAUCCUCUCUUCAUGCACCCUGACUUACCCUGUGGGAUCCACACAGGAAGCUGUGGUCAUGUGAUGCACGCAGCCUGCUGGCAGAAGUACUUUGAAGCCAUGCAGCUGAACUUUCAACAACGCCUGCACGUUGAGCAGAUAUUCGACUUGGAGAAUGGAGAGUAUCUUUGUCCACUUUGCAAGUCUCUGUGCAAUACUGUGAUUCCUAUCGUUCCACUGCAGCCUCAAAAAAUAAACAGUGAGGAUGCAGAGGCAGUAGCUCAAAUUCUGUCCCUGGCUAGGUGGCUGGAGAUUAUCAUAGUCAGGAUAUCAGGCUACAGUGUGAAAAAUGCUAAAGGAGAGAAACAAAAUCUUCCAGCUUUCGCCAACAAGGGAAUGGGGAACUCUGCUUUGGAAUUCCAUUCCAUCCUUAGUUUUGGAGUUCAGUCCUCGGCCAAAUACUCAAGCAGUAUCAAGGAGAUGCUUAUUCUCUUUGCCACCACCAUUUACAGAGUUGGGCUAAAGGUUGCUCCAAAUGAAGCUGAUUGCAGGAUUCCUAUGAUGACCUGGAGCACGUGUGCUUUUACCAUACAAUGUAUAGAAAACCUCUUGGAAACGGAGGGCAAGCCUUUAUUUGGAUCUCUACAAAAUAGACAGCACAGUGGCCUUAAAGCAUUAGUGCAGUUUGCAGCUGCUCAGAGAACAACGUCACCACAGGUCCUGAUUCAGAAACAUCUGGUUCGUCUUCUAGGAGUUCUGCUGCCCAACUUUAAAGCAGAGGACACUCCAUCCCUCUUAGAAGUAGAUAUGUUCCACAUUUUGGUGGGAGUUGUGCUAUCCUUUCCGUCUUUAUACUGGGAGGAUGCUGUAGACUUGCAACCUUCAUCAAUUAGUUCAGCCUAUAACCACCUCUACCUCUUCCACCUGACAACACUGGCACACAUAACACAAAUCGUCGUCUCUUCAGCAACAGAAUCCACUACUGCUCGAUCAUCUGACAACAGUGAGGAGGCACGGUCUGCGCAGUCUUUCUGUAGAGAAGUCUGCCAGUACACCAGUGGGUGA